GGCAAAAUGUCGCUGUUCUGGGUUGUCAAGCUAUUUUCUCAUCGCAAUGUGCCGUUCUGGCGCAUAGUAUGUAUGAAAUUGUACAGAUUGGCGUGUGCGUUGUAUUUUAUUUUAGACAAGACUUGACGGCUAUUUAAAAAACUCCAUGGCUCUUUGUUGGAUAAUGGUAUAUUACGGAUUCGGUUUUUCGUAAACAUCGGGAACAAAACAACGCGAAAUAUUAACAUAGUGGAUGGAAAAUCACUUAAUCGACGCGUGAUAAACGGUAAAUGAUCAUUACGGAGACUUGUAAGAAUUUUUACUUCCUCUAUAUUGUUAAGUGAUGGAGGAAAAAGUCGAGAGUGAAAACAGUUAUAGUAGUGAGAGUAGCAGUAGUUCAUCAGAUAGUUCUAGUGGAAGUUCCGAAUGUGAUGAGGAAGUCACUGAACCAGUACGUAUCUUGGGGCAUACCUUGGAACUUCCACAGGAGCUCUGUGAAGAUUAUUCGAUUUUUAAAGAGUUCUUCUCAAUGAAAACUUGGGACAGUUUGGAGGAUAAACAUAAGGAGUAUCUAAAGGAGUUUCUGCCUACCUUUCCCGAAAAUGAUGAAGAGGAAAAGGAGACAACUAUAAAAAUGUUGUUUAAUUUUGAACCAUUUCAUUUCAAAUCUCCCCUAAACCAGUUCUUUGGUAAUCUCAGACAAGGAAACUAUAGGCCAGAUAUUGCCAGAAUGAGAAAAUUUUUGAUGAAAGCACGAGCUAAACAACAAAAACAUAAGACUAAAUCAUAUUAUGCCAAAAUGUUACCAGAAGUACUAAUAUCACGUGAAAGAUUGCUAGCUGCUGCAAAAGCUCUGCCUCCCGGGCCUGUACCAUUCCUCCCAACUUUGCCACCAAAACCAUCUCCCAGAAAUAAUUAUAAACCAAUGUAUGUUAGAGCAAGACAAAGAUAUUUUGAAGAAUUAGCAGCAAUCUGGAGUGAGGUUGGAGGGGAAGAAUCAGAAGAUGAAAAUUAUCCUGAAGGCCCCCCAGAGAAUACUUUCAAAAAAAGAAAAACUAUGCAUUCUGGACAGAUUGGAGAUACUAAUGUAUCUGGUACACUUGGAAUUACUGAUCCAUCCCACCCAGCUUCAUUAGACUGCUUAAAGAAUGUCCUGGCUACCCACAGAGCAAGGAGGCAAUAUAGAGAGAAUCAUCCAGAACUGAAUACUACAGGUAUUACAUUAGAAGACAUUAAACAGAGAGUAGCUCUGAUGAAUGGAACGAAAAAACUAAUGUUUGGUGGGCAGAAAACAGAAUCACCAAUUCAAAAACUAAGAAAAGGUGCUAAAAAAGAAGCAUAUCAAAAACAGAAAACACAAGAUGUUAAAGCUCCCUUAAAAAAAUUCAAAGAGGAGCAAGAUGCUGUUGAAAAUAAGCCUCUUCUUCCUAAUAUAAAAAUAAAAUGUGAACGUGAAGAAUCAGACUCUGAGAGCUCAUCAUUUUUAGACCCUGUAACAAGUCCAAAGCCAACUAAGAGAUUAUUAGAUCAUGUUGAGAUUAAGCAAGAAGUUUCUGAUAUUAGUGCAAAUAGCCAUGAAAAUGAUUUAGAAAGAACAAUAAAACAAGAGCCUCAAGAUAUCAAUUCUUUACAAAAUUCUUCUAAAAUAAACCAACCAGUGCCUAUUAAGUUAGAAGAUUUAGAUGGGAUUGACAUGAUGGCCCUCCCAGUAGAACUAGCUGAUGACUCUGGAGAAGUUCUGCAAGCUGAUACAUCGAAUGAAACAGAAGAGACACUCUUAGAAGCAGAUGAAGCAUUGACGGAAACAACACAUGCAAAUUUUCUAUCACUCGUACGUGCCUUGUUUCCUGCUCGCGCUGCCCAUAGAGCCUCCAAACAACAGUUACAUGCAAGAUGUUCAGCAGUUAUGAGAUCUCCUAUUGCACCACUAAACACAUGGUACAGUUUAUCAGACGACUGGUGUGCAGAAUUAAAUUCUGCGUUGGAUUUUCUUGCUGGGGAGAGAGGACCACAUCCAGAUGAUUUUGUCCCGUAUUUGCAAUAUAUGGCAGACACACAGAUGUAUCAAUGGAUUGGUGCGGGUAGAGACUGCGAUGCCAUAUUGGGUCGUCUGUGCGAGCGAUGGCUGCGGGCGGCGUCUCCAUCCCCACCUAGCACGGAACCCCCGCCGCCAAGAUAUCCAACAUCCUGGGUAGUACGGCAACCGACCACCGCGGAGAUAGCCGAGUUUCGAACGCAAGAGCGACGUCGCUACGCUUCCGCUUCAAAGCCAUUCACUUUUGUGCAAUACGGGUACCGGGCGGCCGUGGGCCCGGCGACGGGGCCGCGCGGGGGCGCGGGCGCGGGCGCGGCGGGCGGCGCGCUGCUGACGCCGCAGCGCCCGCGCGCCGCCGCCUUCCUGCCGCUGCUGCGCGACGCGCUGGCGCGCCUGCCCAACGGGGAGGGCUCGCGCCGCGACAUCGUCACGCUGCUGAGGAUGUCACAAUGGAUUGUCCCGUGUAGCGAGCAGGCCCUGUCGAGUGCCGUGGCUAGCGCACUGGAGCGUUUGUUGACCGUCAAGCGAGACCCUAUUGUUAAGUUCGACCAGAGGAGUGCUCUCUGGACAUAUUUGCAUAGACAUAAGAGUGAAGAAGAUUAUGCUAAAAAUGCUCGAGGACGAAAUAAGGCCAAUGCAGCUGCUCUCUCUGCUAACUCUCCACAAAUGCAGAUGGAUUUAGAUGUUAACAACACAGAAGAAAUGGCAGAAAAUGCUUCAGAUAGUGACGUUGACGUCGACGAUAGUGGGGCACCGCCAGCCCUACCACAUUUGUCGUCUGCUCAACUGUUAAUGCAAGCAACGCAAGCCACCAACCACAAACAGAUCCCUGUAAGCAAGGCAAAAGGAAAGCUGGUAGCGACACCUCAGAAAUCGAAACCAGUAACGCCAAAAAAUACUGCGCAAGCGAAACUACCCUCAUUGAUCCAAACGAAACCUCAGGCUAAAGUCAGCCAAGUGAACGCAACGCCAAAAUCUGUGCCAAAGACGAUUGCCCAAACAAAUCAAAAACAAACGAGUUUAUUAACUUCGAAAUCGAUGCCGGCGCUGACGAAGCAAACUGUAUCGAAGCAGAGUGUGAUUCAAACGAAACUGGUAAAGCAAGGUGUACAAUCGCCGAAGCAAAUACAGAAUAAACAAAGCAUUGUAGUACAAACUGUGAAACAAAACGUUCCGCCACUUACGAAGCAGAAUAGUGAGUCGAUACUGACACAAAUGUCGACUUCCAUGCCUUCGAUAGUGGUCACCCCACAACGCUCACCGCUUAUGAAACAAAAAUCCAUGAAAGUUGAAACCUCACAAGCACCGGUAUCAAUGAAUAUAUCAGUUCAACAAACGCCUUCAGUGACGACUGUACUACCAAAUCCAACAGCAUCAAUUCACCAAAAUGCCAUGAAUCAAUCAGCUAAGCUAACGCAAGUAACACGGUCGCUUCUAAUAAGGCCACCUUCUGUUCAAUCCGUAUCAACUCCAAAUAUCACCGUUUGCCCUCAAACACAGGUCACACCGAAUGCAAGACGGGGCGUCGUGAGAGUGCUCAGUCCAGCCACGCCGUCAUCCGGAAAGUCUCUUAUAUCACCGAGAGCUCUCAUGCAACAAAGUACACCAUCAAGUAAAAAACGACCGUCCAUACCGGGAACGACGUCUGUAACUACAAUAGCCCAGAGUACCGCGAGUACUACGAAUGUGGUGUCAAGUAUACCGACAGUCGUAACGUCAUCGAUGAGCACGAGAACAGUACAGUUGGCUGGCGGGCGGACGGUACAGCUAGCGGCCAACCAAACCGUCCACCUUCCUAGUGGUCAGGCCGUUCAGUUGAGCUCCGGACACACCCUGCAACUAUCCUCGCUGCAGCUGCCCACUCAUAGCGUCCGGCUGCCGAGCGGGCAGACCGUUCAGCUCGCUUCCCCGCAAUCCGUACAAGCCGUCAGAGCGGUCUCGACGGCUCAAGUGAAAAAUCAGAACGCACGAGCACAAGCUUCGUCUCCUACUAUAAAACCCAUUAACCAAUCGGUCCAAAUACCGGUUUCCACGGUUCAAUUGGCCGGGCAGACUGUCCAGAUAGCCGGCCAAACGGUGCAGCUGGCCGGUCAAAGCGUCCAAUUGACGGGUCACACGGUGAAGCUACCCAGUGGACAGAGUGUUCAAGUCGCUAGUCAAAGUGUUCUUCCAUCUCAGAGUGUACAGCUGCCGAGUGGCCAGACUGUCCAGUUAGCGAGUGGUAAUAUGCAAACUGUUCAAUUAGGUCAGAAUGUUCAGUUAAGUGGUCAAACUGUGCAAAUGCCGAGCGGCCAAAGUGUACAAUUAGGUUCGCAGACGGUUCAAAUUGGUGGUCAAACUGUGCAAUUAUCCGGUGGGCAAACGGUUCAGUUACCUAGCGGGCAGACUUUACAGUUAACGAGUGGCCAAACUCUUCAGCUUGCGAGUGGACAAACUUUACAACUAGCGAAUCAACAAACACCAAAAUCGAUAGCGCAAGUAGUCAGGACCCACUCUGGGGACAAGACUUCACAACCAAUAGUAGCGAAGCUCCUCACUAAUGCACAAACGCAGAUGAUCUCGCUGGAGGCGGGGCGCGGGCGCGGGCGCGGGCGCGGCGUGCGCGUGCUGUCGCCGGGCACGCGCCUGGCGCGGCCGCUGCUGCUGGCCUCGGGCAAGCCGCUGCACAACAUCAUCCUGCAGCAGAGCGAUGGAAGUGCUAUACGAAUGACUUCGACCGGUGGAACGUCCACAUCACAAACUAUAGUUUUAAGUAAUAUCGGAGCGCAAACGGUAACGACUUCAUCAUCAUCAGCUCCUGUAUUGAAGUUACAACAGGUGAAUCCGAUACACCAGGUUAAACUUCCGCAGGGAAUUAAAAUACAACAGGCCGUAACGAAUACAUCAGCUGCGACGUCUAGUGGUGUUCGUAGUGUAUUAAUGGAUGGACAACAAUUGAAACUAGUGGGCGGCCGACAUGUACUUGCCCGACUGUUGAAGCCCUCUCACCCGCCACCCUAGGAAUACCCAAUGUUUUAGUAAUUUGUGUUAAAAUUUAUAAAAAAAACAAUGAACGAAAUGGACAGUAAAAUUUUCUUUAAAUCAAGUUUUUACUUUCCUUUAGAAUUUUGGUAAUAUUUCCUAGUUGGCCUGGUUGGUAUAUAUAACAGAAGAAUGAAGAAUGAGAUUAUUAUCUAUGGCUUUAUGUGGUGACUAACACAUUAAUGUGUAUAACCUUUAUUUUGAUUUAUUAUACCAUCGGUGAAAAUAUCGUUCAUUCAAUAAAUGUUGAUUAAUGAUGUUUGAAACUAAAUUAUCUGACAGUAUUUUUUGUAUUUAAAUU